AUGUCUCCAUCAUCUAUGAUUGUCCUAAAAAGGUGUGAAGAUUGUAAUCAAGUGCUUAAUUGGGAAAAGUGUCAUUUCAUGGUACAACAAGGCAUCAUGCUGGGUCAUGGUAUUUGUAGCAAAGGUAUUGAGGUUGAUAAGGCAAAGAUUGACAUCAUCACCAAACUCCCUCUGUUUAUGACAGUAAAGGGUAUAAGAAGUUUUAUGGGGCAUGCCAGAUUUUAUAGAAGAUUCAUCAAGGAUUUCUCAAAGAUUUCUAGACCCCUCUGUGCACUGUUGGCCAAAGAUACAAAGUUUAUAUGGACUGACGAGUGCAUGGAUGUUUUCAAUUUAUUGAAAAAGCUACUCACAUCUGCACCAAUCAUGAUGGCACCAGAAUGGAACCUCCCAUUCAAACUUAUGUGUGAUGCCAACGAUUUUGCCUUGGGAGCUGUUUUAGGCCAGCUAGUUGAUAAGGUACAUCAUGCUAUUUAUUAUGCUUCUAGAACCUUAAAUGAUGCUCAGCUAAAUUAUUCCACCAUUGAAAAAGAGCUGUUAGCAGUCAUCUUUGCAUUGGAAAAGUUUAGAUCAUAUUUGAUUGGAUCUAAAGUCAUCAUCUUCACUGAUCAUGCUGCUCUUAGAUACUUGUUUGGAAAGAAGGAUGCAAAACCUAGGUUGAUUCGAUGGGUCUUACAACUGCAAGAAUUUGAUCUAGAAAUAAGGGAUAAAAAAGGUAGUGAAAAUGUGGUUGCGGAUCAUUUGUCCAGGUUGCUUCAUGAAGAAGAAGGGAGUGAGCUCCCCUUAGGUGAACAAUUUCCGGAUGAGCAAUUAUUUUCCAUUAAUGUCCACCCUCCUUGGUAUGCAGACAUUGUGAACUACAUCACUACAAAGGUUUUUCCCCCAGUGGGGGUUAAUUAUGUGUCCAAAUGGGUCGAGGUUGUCCCCUCUAAAACUAAUGAUCAUCGAGUUGUUGUGAAGUUCUUGCAGGAAUAUACUUUCACUCUAUUUGGGACACUAAGAGCGAUCAUCAAUGAUGGAGGAAGCCAUUUUAACAAUCACCCUUUUGCUUCUUUGCUAAAGAAGUAUGGGAUCACACAUAAGGCUUAUGGGACUGUUUACAAGACCCCAAUUGGUAUGUCACCAUAUCGGUUAGUCUUCGGGAAGGCCUGUCAUUUACCUGUGGAGCUGGAGCAUCAAGCAUACUGCGCCAUAAAGCAACUCAAUUUCGAUAUGAAGCAAGCAGGUGAAAAGCGAAAAUUGCAGCUGGUUGAGCUUGAAGAAUUGAGACAUGAUGCCUAUGAAAAUGCGAAAAAGAUCUACAAGGAACGUACUAAGGCAUAUCAUGACAAGCAACUUGUCAGAAAAGAGUUUCAUGUAGGCCAAAAGAUAUUGCUAUACAAUUCCAGAUUACGACUUUUUCCAGUUUCUGGUAUAGCCUUGAUAGCUCGCUCCUCUUGUAUGAUCUCGUCGUCUUUUUACUGCAAAAGAAACACAGUGAAGAGAACAUGUCGGGGGUUGGCCAGCGUUCCUCCCUCCGAUGGCUAA